GCGUAAAACCUCCGAUAGCAUCCAAUGUAAACUUACUAUAUAGUGGAGUAUGCCUGAUCGCGUCAGACUUGUUACACACUUGUAUUCCCUGCAGUGUGAUAAUGGCCGACCACAAGCAACAGCCAGCUGGACUCCUGAAGAAUCCCGCCAUACUACUACCGUCUAAAAAUGAGCUGACUCAGAUAUCGGAUGAUCUCCGCCUGAAGUGCAGUGAAGCGGAGAUAGAUCUUUUCCAUGAGUACUUCAAAGGUACUGUUGAUGUUUAUCAGAGGAUCAAUGAAAUCCCAGAACCACAUCUUCCGGUCAAGUACCCAAGGACAUCAGGUCACAGGGAAACGACGGAUAGUUCUUGGUAUUGGCGAUGUGAUAUUAAGGGUGCAGACACUGGAAAGUUGGCCGGUAAAACUAUAGGGGUCAAGGACAAUGUGGCCAUCGCAGGAAUCCCAAUGAUGAACGGCAACAAGCACCUGGAGGGAUACACCCCGGAGUUCGAUGCGACAAUCAUCACGAGGAUUCUUGAUGCUGGAGGACGAAUCAUGGGUAAGACGGCAUGUGAAGACCUCUGUCUAUCUGGAAACUCAUGGACUAAUUCGCUUGGACCAGUUCCGAACCCCUACUGUCCAACUCGGAGUGCUGGGGGUUCUAGCUGCGGCUCAGCCUCCCUGGUUGCCAGAGGGGAGAUAGACAUGGCGAUUGGCGGUGACCAAGGUGGAUCUGUCCGCAUUCCAUCCAGCUGGUGUGGGACGGUGGGGCACAAGCCGACGUUCGGACUAGUGCCGUACACAGGGGCAGUGCCUAUUGAGAUGACAGUUGACCACCUGGGACCAAUGACGCGCACAGUGGCGGAUUGUGCUUUACUUUUAGAGGUGUUGGCUGGGUAUGAUAACGGGACGGACCCUCGACAACAUCCGGGCAUCGAAGUUCCCCCCUACUCCAGCCUGCUGUCGAAAGGUGUGUCUGGUAAGCGAGUGGGCAUCGUGACGGAGGGGUUUGACGGGGUGGAUGUCGGUGUGUCCACCUGUGUCAGGGAGGCAGCACUGAGACUCAGGGAGGCCGGGGCUGUGGUAGAGGAGGUGUCCAUACCACUACAUGCCGACGGUCUCGCAAUAUGGACUCCAGUUUGUUUCGAAGGAGCAUACAACAUGAUGAUUAAAGGAAAUGGAAAUGGAAUGAACUGGAAGGGUCAUUACUGCACUUCCAUGCAAGAGGCUCUAGCACGGGGUUACAACCUCCGUCCGCAUGACUUCAGCAUGCCUUGUAAGCUGUUGGCGGUUUUCAGCGAGUACAUGGUCAGGAACUACCAGAACAAGUUUUAUGCAAAAGCUCAGAACCUUACCCGUCUGCUCACCCAGGCAUACGACCAGGCACUCAGGAAUUACGACGUUCUGGUAAUGCCAACACUUCCCUGUACUGCCAUGGAACUUCCCACAACCGAAACAUCUAUAUCAGAAACCCUCCGCCUCACAUUCGGAAUGAUAAAAAACACCGCACCAUUCGAUUCUACUGGACAUCCAGCCCUGAGUAUAAAUGCCGGAACUUUGGAGGGACUUCCGGUCGGAAUGAUGUUCAUCGGCCGACACUUCGAUGACGCCACAGUUCUGCAAAUGGCGUAUGCUUUUGAACAAAUAAGGGAUAACAGUGUCUAAACAUCAAACAUUGUAAACAUGGACUCACUUUGGCCUAUUAACUCACAUUUCUUUUAUUUUUUAUUUUUCAAUAUCUAAUAAAGGGAAUCCCUGAAUCGCUACCUAUAUCAUAAGGUGAAUUAUAUGAUUAUAUAUUAUAAUUACAUGUAUUAUGCACUGUGUGUGCUGGUUGUUAGACGUCGAAUUCAAUAAUUGAUUUGUUUGUUUGUGUUUGUGUUGACAUUUGAAUCAAUCUUUCAACAACAUACAACAUGUAACUCAAAAUCGCACUGUUACUCUAUUUUGUUUGACUUACAAGAAGCGGUAUUUUGGUCAAAUGCAUUUUGCGAUAUAUUUGUAAAUAUGUGCGUUUCUUCACAAAAUGGGCUUAUUUAACAUCAAACUGACAAGUUAUACUCUUUCGGUAACUGAUAAAACACAUUCGGCAUGUAUCGUUAUCAAAUUUUGCAGAAAACUAUCAAUUUUCACAAUUCCAAACAAUUAAGUGACUGUCUUUUCACCUUAAACUUCAGUUGAAGCAUGUUGCAGUGUAGUUGAAACAUAAACAUAUCACAAACCAUAAGGGUGACUUUGGCAAACGAACGUUCGCCUCAGGUAAAUACCUCAUAUUAAAAAACGUAUGUGCUUUCAGUAGCCAACUUGUCAGACAUGCAUGGUUGUAUUCAUUUGUUAUACAUAGUAAAUGGUUGUUGGCAGUCUCAGUUAAUACGAAGCUAUUUAUUAUGCAUACAGUUAUAAUGCAAACAUACACGUGUGGCUACUUGCCAUUUUAUAUAUUUAUUGUUUUGACCAUUAGCCAUGUCUGAAAAACAGGACCCAGUUGUUCAAAAGGGGAUUAGCUUAAUCAGUGAUUAGAGAAAAUUUUAAUUUUUGAGUAACUUUAAAACACAACCAUUGAAUUAGUUACAACUUUCUGGAUAUCAAAUGUUUAGUAAAGUGAGUUUACAUGCAUUUUUUUUAGGUUUUACCUUGAAUAUUGACGAAAUUAUUAAAUGUUGAAAAAUGUCGUUAAACAGUGAUUUAGCUCACCACCUUUUGAACAACUGGGCCCAGAUCAUUAUUACUAAUUCACUUAAAUAAUUUGCUAAUCUCAGUAAUUUCUCGGUUACCAUCACCAUUUGCCACCAACCAUUUUCUAGGUUUCAUGUUAUUAUACAAUAGUCAUAUGUAUAUAGCCAUUUAUAAUAAUUAAAUAUAAUAAACUAACUAUGAAGCUUUGUCUCUUCUAAUGUUUCAUAUCGUAGAUAUACACCUCCUAUUACAAUUGUACAAGGAGGUACAAAGCAUGGCAAAGCCUGGGGGUUUUACCAAAUUUGAAAACCCCUCGGGUGGAAUUUCCAUAUCCUACACCCCUAGGCGUGAAAGAGUCUUAUACUUUUAUGUCAAACAUGAGGGACAUGAAGCGAGUCACUGAAACGUAAAAAGUAGGUCAAUUUCAGCAUCCACAACAUGCUUACACCAACCCAGAUACGGAACUAGAGCUGUAAGCCAAAUGCUAACUAAUACCCUGCUCCUUUAUAAACCAGAACUGUAAGCUAAAGGCUUACUAAGGUAAAGCAUUGCAAAGCAAUCCAGUC